UCUAGACGACGGUCCUACGAAGACAAACCCUAAGAAUGCAGACGGAGCUGGAGGAGCUGGUCGAGUUCCUCCAUCAUGGCAAUACCCAGAUCCGACAACUUGCCUGUGAGCAUUUGGUGGGACAUUCUUCAGAUCCAUCCAUCUUUAAGAAGCCUCAGUUAGUACCUGUUCAGGAUCUCAAACUCCUGGUUCGAGAUUACCCUCUGAUCGCCAAAAACGCUUUGACGAUCCUCGUCAACAUCAGCCAUGACACAGAAAUCCUCGAAGACCUCGCAGCCGACGAGGCGUUCGUCGAGACCUUGCUCAAAAAGAUAACCAAUCCCAAAGAACCAACCGCCGAUGAGAUUGCCAUGCUUCUCUCGAAUCUGGCCAAAUCGGAACGUCUAGAAAGACUGAUCACUUUGAAGCGAGCAGUGCCCGAGAAAUCAGUGUCAACCUCGCCCUAUGCCUUGGAUCAAUUGUUCGAUUGCUUUGUGAAAGGUGCUGAUGGCACUCUCAACAAGAGCGCCAAUUUCGACUACCUCGCAUAUCUUCUCGCAGACAUGUCGAAACACAAAGCUGGACGUGAUCACUUCCUGAGCAAAAGAGAGUACGACGGUGUGGUCCCAGUCAGCAAAUUGAUGGUUUUUACGGAGCAUAAAAGUGAUAUCCGAAGAAGAGGUGUGGCGAGCACUAUUAAGAACGUCGCGUUCGAGGUGGACAAACAUCCCCUGCUUCUCGCCGAUGAUUCUGAAAGCAUCGACGGCACUCCGGGAGUUAAUGUACUACCAUACAUCUUACUGCCUCUCGCCGGCUCAGAAGAGUAUUCCGAGGAGGAGUCGGCCAACAUGCUGCCUGACUUACAGCUGCUUCCGCCAGACAAAGCGAGAGAGAGCGACGCGGAGAUACUAGUGACACAUUUGGAGACCCUCUUGCUCUUGUGUACAACAAGGGAGGGCAGAGACAAGUUGAGGAGCGUCCAGGUCUACCCGCUAGUUCGGGAGACCCACAACCACGUGGAUGAUGAGGCAGUCAAAGAGGCCUGCGACAGGCUGGUCCAGAUUCUGAUGAGAGACGAGGAGCAGCCGCCAAAAGUAGAAGAAAUUGUGGAUGAUGAUCAGAAGAUGGAAGAGAUCUUCUGAAGUUGUCAUUGACAGUGUCUGCACGAGGAAGUAGUGCACUGACGGUGGGAAACUCCUUACCUUCCUAAAGAGCCAACAAAGAUAUUUUGCCUAAAUGAACUGGGAAAGAUCGACUUCCUGCUGGCGGUAAUCUGGGACCGUAGUAGGGAAUCGGGGCCAUCGAAUCUGGUUGGAGGCUU